AUUUCUGCAUUCAAGAAGAGACUACCGCAUAGAUUGUUAAGUGAGAAACAGCGACGACCAAGGGAAGCUGUUCUUCCAAUCUGUUGAUUGCCUCCCUCUGACGAAAGUUGCAUGAGAACAUGUGGAUGUAACAGAUUACGCGUGUGCAAGAGAGUGCAAGCAGACGAUAUUACCCCAAAAUAUGACGAAGCUAUGGAUUAUUAUAUGAAAGGGGAUAGUUUUGAACGGGAGAAAUAUGGAAUAUCUAGAUGAUGUUAAUAAUUGUAGUAUGAGAUAAUUUCAACAAAUUUAAAUUACGGAAAGUAAAGGAAAAUGUUGACAUAUUGAUACAGACGACAUAAUAAAUAUAGGAUGCAGUAUAGUAUACGAUAGCGAAUGUAACAAUCACGGUAAGACAAAUUAGAACAUGUUUUUUUCGAAUUUAAUGUCAAAGCGCGAAUGUUUUUUUAAUUGAACCUGAUGAUUAAUAGGAUCUCGGAUCCUAGCAAUAGGUCUCACUUUCCAAAAUUGUCUGUCUACCGGAAUUUGAGGAGUCGGUGAGUGAGGAGUCGGCAAUUGAUAUGGCAUCUGUUGCCGCCUGGUUGCCGUUUGCACGGGCCUCGGCCAUAGGAUGGGUACCCGUGGCCCAAAAUCCUCUUCCUCAACCAAUUAUUCAGUCGGGACAACCUUCAUCUACAAACUUAAAAAGAGGAGAUGACAGAAUAACUAUAAAUGUAAGCGGAACAAAAUUUGAAACAUGGAGAACGACUCUAGAAAAAUAUCCAGAUACAUUAUUAGGUUCAAAUGAAAAAGAAUUUUUCUUUGAUGAUGAAAAUAAGGACUACUUUUUUGAUAGAGAUCCAGAAUUAUUUAGGCAUAUUUUAAAUUACUAUAGAACUGGUAAAUUACAUUAUCCAAAACAUGAAUGUAUUUCAUCGUACGACGAAGAACUAGCAUUUUUCGGUAUUAUGCCCGAUCUUAUAAGAGACUGUUGUUAUGAGGAUUACAGAGACAGAAAAAGAGAAAACCAAGAGAGAUUAUUGGAUGAUAAAGGGUCAGAAGAUAACGAACUAGACCCAGCUAAAAACCUCAGGGAGCAAUUGUGGAGAGCGUUUGAAAACCCUCAUAUUAGUACUGCAGCUUUAGUUUUUUAUUAUGUAACUGGGUUCUUCAUAGCCGUAUCAGUACUAGCUAAUGUUAUAGAAACUAUUCCCUGUGGCAGAAUACCUGGGACGGACAAAACCCCAGCCUGUGGGGAGCGCUAUGAAGUUCCUUUCUUUUGCUUAGAUACCGCUUGUGUGAUGAUUUUCACAGCCGAAUAUCUUCUACGUUUUUAUGCAGCUCCCGAUAGAUGUUUAUUUUGUCGUAGUGUCAUGAGCGUCAUUGAUGUAGUAGCUAUUCUUCCAUAUUAUAUUGGACUAGGAAUCACGGACAACGAUGACGUCAGCGGGGCAUUCGUCACACUUCGAGUUUUCCGAGUAUUCCGUAUUUUCAAAUUUUCUCGACAUUCACAAGGAUUACGUAUAUUGGGAUACACAUUAAAAAGUUGUGCCAGUGAAUUAGGAUUCUUACUAUUUUCUUUGACAAUGGCCAUUAUUAUUUUCGCCACAGUGAUGUUUUAUGCAGAAAAGAAUGUUCCAAACACGAAGUUCACAAGUAUCCCGUCUGCAUUCUGGUAUACAAUAGUUACCAUGACUACUCUUGGUUAUGGUGAUAUGGUACCUCAUACAAUUCCUGGUAAAGUAGUAGGUGGUGUAUGUUCACUUAGUGGUGUCUUAGUUAUAGCAUUGCCAGUACCUGUUAUAGUUUCUAAUUUUAGUCGAAUUUAUCAUCAAAAUCAACGAGCAGAUAAACGAAAAGCUCAAAAGAGGUUGGCAACAAGCAAAGCCAGAUUAGCACGUAUAAGAAUGGCUAAAAAUGCUAGCGGGGCUGCCUUUAUUAGUAGUAAGAAACGAGCAGAAGAAAGAUUACGGGCAAAAGAGAGUGGUAUAGAACUAGACGACUGUCAAGAAAAUUUCUUAGAAAUGCAACAUCAUCAUCUACUCAGCUGUUUAGAGAAAACAACGGAUCGUGCAUUUCUUGAAUUGGACAUGGCUUUUAACGGAGCACCCAAUAAUCCCUCAGAGACUCCCCCUCCCUCCCCGGACCCCUCCCUUGUUUCCCUGGAGAGGAGGCGUUCCACGGGUUGUUGUUCCCGUAGGUUCAUCACACAUCGAAGAUAUUUUGUCAGUAAGAGGCACCACAAUGAUUCAGAACACGAGGAGUUAAAUGAUAUCCAAGUCAGAAUUCCAUCUGCAAACCGGUCGUCUCGUUCCAGUCUAAACGCAGUUGGUAAUGUAAACAAUAGUAAAUCAAAUAACCUCACGGUUACAACUGCAAUAGUUAAUCUACCAACUCCGAGCACAACACCGGAAAUGGAGACACAGGGCACAAGCGGGCCAAUGGUGCAACCACCUUCAUAUACGCAGACGCAAGCUCAUAACCCAGAAAGUGUAAGGAUCUCAACGUUAUGAUGAGAAGUAUUAGUAUGAGAAUGAAACCGAUUUGCUCAUAGUCUGUGAUUUUGUCGACUGAAUGUGAUACAGAAGUAAUAUUUCAAAUAGUUUUGAAUGGCUGAAAUAAAGUCGAGAUGUUGUCAAGACCAGGAAAAGUAUUUUCUAUACAGAAGUUAGUAGAAAACCGAUAGAACAAUCAAAACUGGAGGAUACUGUUUUUAAACCAAACACAAUAAUUACAAUUGUUGGUAAAUAGAAGAAAUAAUAUCCAUAUUUUAAUCAUGAAUGACGUGUUUGAACCUCCAUUUGUGCACAAUCCCAAUGAAAGUGAUAACGAAAUUGAUGGCCUAAAUCGGAAUGUUUCACUUUGAAUGGUCAAACAAAAACCUGGUGUUUUCCUUAGUUGGAGGAAAAUAGCGAAACCUAUUCAUUUAAUAAUUAUGUAUGAUAUUUACAAUACUUUUUUUUACAUUUUCAUACCAUAGAUUUUUCCUGCUCACAUAUUCUACAUAAAUGGUAAGCGUUUGUAUAUGAAGGAUGGAAGCACAAAGUGAGAUGUGGAAUAUAUGACAUUCAUUAUAAUGUACAUUUUUAUAUAAUUGUUAUUUAGAUUUUUCAUAUCCAUUAUACCAUUUUUUGUCCAAAACAAUCCAAUCAAAACAAUAUCACUGUACAAUACAUAUAUUCAUUAUUUCUCUACGUUGUUUAACCAUUUUUCAACGCUUGUUAUCUUCAUUAUAAAGAUUUUGUAGUGUAAUUAGGAUCAUUUGUAAAUGCAUCAUUUUGUUUUACAAACAUACAUAUCCUAAUACUUAAAGGAUGUUUUUUUCUGAAAUUAUUAAGAUUUAAAUGAAGCUUAACAAAAGGUGGAAAUAAUAUUUUUCCAACUCAUUUUUGAGGGCCUGAUCUUUGCCUCAACUUUUUACAACCGAUGCAAUAGUGCCAGUUCCUGUUUUAUCAUUGAAUCAAUAAAAUUCAAAUCUUUUCAAAUUGAAGUAAUGGCUCUCUUAAUAUGAUGUUAUCGGUCUUAAGUAUUAAUGUUAAUUUGACAUAUACUCGAGCUACCAUAUACACUUUACACUACCUUGACUAUAGAAUUAAAACGCCUUCAAUUUGUUUUUAAGUUCAUUGUAAAAAACAUAAAGGUUUUUUGUGUAAACACGAAUAGAUUCAAAAUCUUGAAAUUGUAGUUUAUAUAAAUAUUACUCUGGAUUUCAAGUAAUGUUAGACAAGAAAUUGAUUAGACAAUCAGAAACAUAUGGACCAUACUCAAUCUAGUCAAAAAGAUGAAAAAAUCAGAAAUAUUUAAUGCAAAUUCUAAAGAGUGUCACAUUAUGCUAUUCAAACUUGUUCUGCUUGUUAAUUGUCUGCAAGGAUGGUAAACAAAAUAUGUCUCACAUUGAUUUUUCUUACACCUUCUUCAAAAUUUAUAGAUAUAUAAGAUUUGUUUCCUUUUUUAUUACAAAAAAAUCGCAUGCACAAUUUUACCUUUUACGCAUAUAUUGCACACACCAAGGGUUUGAAUGUUUACUAAAAGGUUCAUCGUGUGUGACUGUAAUAACGAUUGAAUGAAAAAUACAUUAUUAUUAAAGUGCUUUGUGUAUACAUAAUUAACGUGCCAAAAGACAAACAGUAACGCUGACAAAAAUAGGAUCACAAUCAUUUGUUAAACACAGCUUCUUCCUUCUACUAAUGAUUAUUUUUUUCGAUAAACAAACUUCAUAUUUUAAUAAAAUAUCGUUCGAAAAUGUCGCUAACAGAUAUAACAGUUUUCACUCAUGGUUGUACUGAAUUUCUCUUUUUCGUGGUGUACAGUGUUUUAAUAACUAAAUUAUUUACGUAUUGAUCAUGUAUUGCUUGCUACGCACUCUUCAAGGCCUAGAUGUGUUCUUCGUGUACCCUCUUAUAGUUCACUGACUACAAAUAAUUAAAUUGUAAAUUAUCUUAUUGUUAGAUUAAAUUUCAGGUUUUUUCUCUUAUCGAAAUAGGCCAUAAGACUAACUAUAUGAUUUUAUAUUUAUUUUUGUCAUCUUUUCUCUUGUUUUGAUUUACAAAUACUCUGUACAUAUUUGAGUUUUAGGGGGGGAACGUCUAAAAUAAGUUAAUCAAAUGCACAUUGUUGUGUGUAUUUUUAGAUAUCCAGACUGUCGUGAAGUAAUUAUUAUAUCGAUUUGUCUCCAAGACACUAGCAAUCGAAGUCGUAAUUGGUUUAACUUAUUGCCAGUCUGUGACAGAUCUUAUAUGUGUAAAAUAUUAAAUCUGUAACAUAUAACAACAGGUGAAAACCAUUACAAUAUUUGAACACAAGACUUGAAAAUCCUCGGCGAACGUCUAAUCGUUUAUAAAUUCACCAGCAGUUGAAGAGAAAUGUCUUAAAAUAAAGUGUAUCUCCUUUUUGUUUGUAUGAAACCUUUCUUAUAUUGAAUCAUCAAUUAAGAUCUUUUAAUAAAGAAUAAGUAUGUUUACCGAAGAAAUAUUUGCUUUUAUGCUGAAGAUAGAAUCGUCUUUCGUUCUGAGCGACUUUCUGAAAUCAAAGGAAGGAAUCUGUUUCUUGAUUUCUGUAAACGUGUCUGUCACUUUUGAGAUAGCUGAUACAAUUUACCCGUAUACAACAUAUGCCUAUAAGAUAUAAGAGAAUAAGAAAAUAUCGCAAACCGUCGUUUUGUCUUGCAUUUCUUCUGGUUGGAACAUUCCAGUCAUUAUAUAAUAUCUUAUUCAAAUAGUGAAUGCCAGGAUAUAUUUAUCAAGAUAAACAAUAGAUGAUGACAACACAAUCAUCCACAUGAACGCCAAAAUACUUUCCCAUAACUGAAUAUUUCCUGCAUAUGUUUUUUGUCCUUAUUAUAUAUGAGAUGAUUUUGGUUGUUUUAUCAUUAAAAGCAAUACAAAACUUUUUUUAUUAUAAAAGUUAAAUAUAAAAAUAUAAUUUUGAAAUAUCGUUUCCAAUACUUUGUUUCGUGGUUGUUGUCAGAUGCCGUUGAAGGGGUCAGUUUUAGUUUAUUUGUUUAUAAGUUGAAGAAAGUUAAGCGACCUUUUUUAACAUACUAAAAGAGUGGAUGCCAUUCACUGGUGUUUAGUUUGUAUUUCUUUAAGUAUCCAUUUGAGUAAAUAGAAUUGUAUGUCAAUCCAAAAAUAUAUGCCUCUUAAACUAUUUCUCUUCAUGAUUAUAAUAAUUAUAAAUACUAUUUGUUGAAAGCACGUCAAUAUAAACGAUAGUUAUUGAAGACUUUCGAAAUUAAACAUAAAACCUUUCUUGCAUGUUUUAUUCUGGAAACAAUAUCUAUAGUACAUAACCUCUUAAAAGAAUAUAACAUGAUGUUGGUCAGACUACAUUGUUUUAUUUUCUAAACUUUAACUAUUUUCUAUAUUUCGACAAAGAUACAUCAUUUUUUUUCAUGUCAAAUUAUAAAAGGAGUCACACAUGUGUUCGGAAAUACUUCUUUACUAUAUUUGAUCUUUGUUUAUGCAAUUACUAGUAAGCAAUUAAGCAUUGGUGUUUUGUUUACAGUAAACCAACUUAUUUUCACGGAUACUUUAUUUCGCGUUUUGACCUUUCUUGACCACUUCACGGCUAUUUAAUUUCGCGAUUUUCUGAUUUACUUGAGGAAGUUUAAUAAGGAAAGAUCCAAUGUUUACAUAUUCGCAACGAUUUAUAUUCGCGUUAUUUUUCUUCUCGCGAAAGUCACGAAAAUAAAUCGCUGGCUAAAAUAAGUUGGUUUACGGUAUUUUCCUUGUUUUGUGAUAAGCUCAAUCAAAAUUGUUUUAGGUUAGAAAUUACUUGUAGAAAUAGUUAACUCAUAGUUAUAAUUUACUUGAACAGUGGUUCAAAAGUUAGUUAUACAUCACAUGACCCUUAUGUGACCAAAAUAUUUGAAUAUAAGUAAAACCAUGACGUUGACAAACUAUUGUUCUAUUCUUAAGGUGGUACCUAACACUUUCACUGAUAUCAAUUUGGCUCGUUUAAUUUUGAUAAAAUUUUGACAAAGUAUUUACUUUGACCCUUUAACAGAAAUAUAAAAAUUUCAUAAAAUUUGAACCAACCGUUUUGUCCGAAAAAUCACACUGGUUAUAUAGCAGUUUGACAAACACCAAUUUUGAUCUUCGAGAAGCUUCCUAUUCUCUUACAACACAACGUAAUUAAAACGUUACUCUGACUUUACAGAGUUAACUCCCUGUAGUGUUAGGUACCACCUUAAAAAAAAUGAGACAGUCUUAAACAGCAGCAAUAUGUUUAGAUAUAAACAUGUAAAUUACAUUGAUAAUACAAAUGGCGAUAAUUCUUUGUAAUAAUAGUGUUGUGAUGUGUUUUCAAUACACUAAGAAGGUAUACAUAGAUCAAGGUACAUAACUCAUACCCAGUAAAAGGGAAGCAACUCUUUAAAAUCAGUGAUUCGCUUGUGACAGUAAUUUUUGUCAACAAUUUAUAAGCUUUUAAAUAAUACUGAUAAAUGUACUUCUGAUUAACGUGAGUAAUUUUAACCAUAGUAGAGAUUAACUAUGGCAAAAUGACAUCACUGAUUUAUGUUUAAUCUCAUUCAACCUAAUUCUAACGUUAAAACAUAUUUUUUGUAAUAACUAAGAAAAAGGCAUUACUGUCUUGGUCGCUCUCUAGUUACAUUGCUUUUUAUGAAGUAUCAGUAAAUAAAAUGAUUGCCAAAAGUGCUAGUUUAAUCAAUGGCUAUUGUGUCUUCUGUGUAAAUUUUAAUUUAUUAAGAACCAGACCUGGCACUUCAUGCAACUGAACAAAUCUUUUAUGUGAAUUAGCAUAUGAUGCAUGUAGAAACAUAUUUUUUAAUUGUACAAAUACCAGUUAAAUUUUAACCGUUCUGUCUGUUAUAUAUUUAUUUUUAUUAGAAAUGUUGACACUAUUUGCUAUGUUUGUCAACAAUAUUUUGCAAUAAUGGUAUGUCUGUGCGAGUAGUACACAUCGUGUGCAUUUAUUGUGUGACAUACAUUUAUAAUCCAUGUGUAGAUAUUGAACAACCAUGAGUAUUUUUAUUCCUUGUCAAUAAGUUGGCUCAAUUUUAUGAAUGUUGUUUUUAUAUUAUUUGAAAAGCUGUGAUUUCAUGUUAAACAAUACAUCCCAUAUUUUCAAUGCUGUGCAGUGUUUUGUUAUGUUUUAGAUACAAAUUCAUUGUUUGAGUGUAAGUAUGAAUGAUUAAUGAAAGAAUUUAUUUAUUUGUUAUAAAUGCCUUUGUUUUGAAACUACUCUUGAAAUUGAUAAGAACCUAUUUAAAAGUUAUACUAUUAAACUGAAUUCUCGUGACUAAACAAAACAAUUAGUUGACCCAUGCCCUACAAAUAUUUGUUAUUCGUUUACCCUGUCUAGAUAUUAUGACAAAAUUUGCUUUCCAAUUUUCACAACGAUUAAGAUAUGAGUGUCACUACUUUUAACUUUCAUUCUUUCAAUUUAGUCAAUUUUCAUCAUUUUAUUCUGCAUUCUAUUGAAUGUUUUUAAAAAUGAAGAUUUACCAUAUCAUGUUCUCGUAUCAUAAAAAAAAUUAAAAAAAAAUCCAAAGGAUUAUUGUUUUGGGAGAUUCAAUCGAACUUUACCUUCCAAUAUUUGAAAGGUGACACAAUCCCAGCCUCUAGUUCGAGUAAGUUUAUCAAAAACAAAGUCAUUUAUAGCAUUUUGAGAGUUCACUGGUUGCAUGAUUUUUCCUUUCUUUUCCAAUAUUCCAAAUACCAAUAUUGGAAUAUUAGUAGAUAGUUUAACUAUUCCCGUUGUUACUGUUUUUGAUUACGAAUAAAAUCCCAUUCAACUU